GGGAAUUGAGCGGAGUUUAAAUGUGGCUGCCUUGUAUUAAAGGAAACCAGCUCCUCUUCCUCAACCCCUUCAUCAUUAUAUAAGAGAAGGAUCAGAGCUGCUUGACAAACACUCGCACCUAGCAAACAGCUAUAUACAACCAGGUGGAGAGCUCCAAUCCACCAGCAUAUCGUACUGAUCGCUCUCUCCUAUAUCAUCCAGACCUUUUUCAAGCUAGUGAUCGGAACCUGAGCGGAGGCGGUGGCGAUGAGCAGGAACAACGGCAAGGCGGCGUCGAAGCUGGAGUUCCUGAGGCUGGGCCUGUCGAGGGCGAGGGGCGGGCCGUCGUCGUCGACCACGACGACGGCUCGCCCGGGCGGCGACAGCGGCAACGGCAGCGCGACGUCGCCGCGCCGGGUGUCCUCGUCCUCGCCCACCGCGUCGCCGCCGAGCUCGUGCGUAUCGUCCGAGGGCAGCCCCGAAGCGGCCGCGGCCGCGCCUGGCCGCGGCGCGGCGACCAUGGUCCUGGCCGGGUGCCCCCGGUGCAUGAUGUACGUGAUGCUGUCCCGCGAGGACCCCAGGUGCCCUCGGUGCCACAACGCCGUGCUGCUCGACUUCAACGACGGCGACCAGCGCCGCCCGUGGCAGCGCCGGUGAAACCGUGCACGCGCGACCGAGCUGGUCGAUCGGAUAGGCUGCUGAGCUGAGCUCUUGCCUUCACGUCUUCAUCGUCGUCGUCGUGGUAGUAGCUUAGUUUCCCAUUCGCCGUCGAGUUUGUUUCUGUCACCCAAGGAAUUAUUGCAUAGACCUGUUUCUUCCGCGCGGCACGCUGUCAAAGGGAUUGGUCUAGGUAAUAAUUUCGUGUUUUCUUUCUUAGGUAAUAAUAAUUUCGCGUUCUUAGUAGUAUGUGCUGUUGCUAUUGUUGUGUCGAGAAUCAUGUGCAUCAAGCCUGCUCUGCGAUGAGCAUUAUUCUGUUUUAAUUGAAGUUACACUCUUGUCCUAUCGCA